UCGUAUGUAUUUUGCGUUCUUAACAACUAUUAAUUAUUUUUACAUAGCCAUAUUAGAUGUGUUUUACACUAAGCGACUGCACAAACACAAGUUCGGUUCGUAUUACCAACGCAGCAAUGUAAUUUAGUGGCCAUUUGCUGACAACGUGCCUGGUGUAAACCAACCCCUCGUCUCUCACACUAUCAUGUCCUCAGAGAACCCCUUGGAUGAUGAGGAUACCUUCAGGAUCCUCAUUGCUACAGAUAUUCAUCUUGGUUACCUUGAGAAGGAUGCCAUCCGUGGCAAUGACUCCUACAACACGCUGAAUGAAAUCCUGAAAUGUGCAAAGACAAAUCAGGUAGAUUUCAUCCUUCUGGGGGGAGAUUUGUUCCAUGAGAACAAACCUUCACGUCGAUGCCUUCACAGCUGCAUCAGUAUGCUUAGAAAAUACUGCAUGGGGGACUCACCUGUAACCUUCAAUAUCCUCAGUGACCAGAAUGUCAACUUUAACACGACACAGUUUCCCUGGGUGAAUUAUCAGGAUGAAAACCUCAAUAUCUCCAUUCCAGUGUUCAGCAUUCAUGGCAACCAUGAUGACCCUACUGGGGCUGAAGGUUUGUGUGCUUUGGAUCUGCUAAGUGCUUCUGGUCUUGUCAAUCACUUUGGUCACUCCCACUCAGUCGAAAAGAUAGAGAUUAGUCCUGUCCUCCUGCAGAAAGGCAGCACCAAGCUGGCCCUUUAUGGUCUUGGUUCUAUCCCAGAUGAGCGCUUGUACAGAAUGUUUGUCAACAACCAGGUUAGCAUGCUUCGCCCCAAAGAAGAUCAAGAUGAAUGGUUUAACCUUUUCACGAUCCACCAGAACAGGAGCAAACAUGGUCCAACAAACUAUAUUCCAGAACAGUUCUUGGAUGAUUUUAUUGACCUGGUGGUGUGGGGCCACGAACAUGAGUGUUUAAUAGCACCAACCAGAAAUGAACAACAGCUCUUCUAUGUGACACAGCCAGGAAGCUCUGUUGCCACCUCCCUGUCACCAGGAGAAGCCACCAAGAAGCACAUCGGGCUGCUGAGAGUAAAAGGUCGUAAGAUGAACCUGCAAAAGAUCCCAUUGAAGACUGUACGUCAGUUCUUUAUACAGGAUGUGGUGCUGGCUGACUACGAAGACCUUUUCACACCUGAAACCCCACAGGUCAUGAAAAAAGUGGAGGACUUGUGCUUUGCAAAGGUCACAGAGAUGUUAGAGGAAGCCGAACGGGAAAGACUUGGGAGUCCACUCACUCCAGAGAAACCUUUAAUUCGGUUGAGAGUGGACUACAGUGGAGGUUUCGAGGCAUUCAACACCUCCCGCUUCAGUCAGAAGUUUGUGGACCGUGUGGCCAAUCCAAAAGACAUUAUUCACUUUCUCAGACGGCGUGAGCAAAAGGAGGACAUCAAAGAUGAGGUCAAUGUUGAUUAUAGCAAGCUGUUAAAAGUGACAGCUGUUGAGGGGCUAAGAGUGGAGGACCUUGUCAAACAGUACUUUGAGGCUGCUGAGCAGAAAGUACAACUGUCCUUGCUGACUGAGAAGGGAAUGGGAAAAGCCAUUCAGGAGUUUGUAGACAAAGACGAGAAGGAUGCUAUUGAGGAACUAAUCACCUAUCAGUUAGAGAAGACACAACGGCAUCUUCAGGCCAGAGGAGUAAUUACAGAAGAGGACAUAGAUAAAGAGGUUCGGCAAUUCAGAGACUCCAAAAAGAACACAACAGAAGAAGAGAAUGACAUAAAGGAGGCUAUGAACAGAGCCAAAGCUCACCGGAAAGAGCGUGGAGAUGAACUUGUGGAUCCAGAUAUAUCAGAUGUCGCUAUGGACUCUGAUGAGGGCUCAGUUUCGUUUCCAGCUCAGGCACGAGGCAGAGGGCGAGGAAGCAGAGGACGGGGAAGCAGAGGCAGGGGUAGAGGUGCAUCUGCUUCUGAACCAAAACCAGCUGGUCGUGGACGUUCCCAGAAAUCUUCAGCAACAACCCAAAGCAGAAGUAUUAUGCAGGCAUUUCAGGCUCCAUUUCAAAGAUCUCGGACUGAAGCAGCCACAUCUUAUGCAGCUGAUAAAGUGACCAUUGAUGACUCAGAUGAAGAUAUGCCUGUAAUGAAAGCAACCAAGCCCCCUGCAAGACCAUCAUCAUCAUCAUCCCUUCCUAAGUACAGCUCUCAGAGCCAGAGCCAGUCAUCUAGAGGAGUUGCCUUUGAUGACAGUGAUGAUGAUGAUGAGGAUAACCCAUUCAAAGGUCCAAGCCAUCGUUCAGGAAGAUAACCAGAAGUACAUUUGUUAUGUGUUUUGAUUAAUGCAGUUGACUUAGAAAAAGGUGUUGUACAUUCACUUUUCUCAGUCUUCUAAAUGUUGAUCAGCCAUCAUUUCAGGAUAAAGCUAUUUAAUGUGUUCUGAUCAGAGGGCUAAGUUCGAGGUUUCAUGGUACAACAAAGAGGAACUAGAGUUUUUUACACUCUUAUUUGUUUGCCAACACCCAAACCCAGCUGUUAGAUAUUCUCUGCUAUUCUACACUGACCAAUGUUAGUUUUUUUUACUGGUCUUUGUUGUUCUUUCUAGCUCUAAUAAAUGUUUUUCAUAUGUAA